AUGGAGACUAAAGAUUCAGACGCAAACGGGUCUUCUAAUGCAGUCAGGAUUUUGCAUGCUAAACGUCAAUACAGAACGAUCCUCGACCUCACCUGUGUCUCCUCCGUAUUUUCCCAGCUAGAUAGUGCUUUCUUGAAACUUUCGACGGGUUCCGCGGUUUGGCUGCCUGAAGAGGUGCUAAAGCACAAUUAUCAUGAAGUCCCACCGUAA